AUGGCUGUGGCUGUGCAUGUUUCGCAGGACGGCAGCACUCUCGAAAAGACAAGCACCGCAGAUGACGUGGCUGUCUCUGGCAACGACGGUUCUUAUGCAAAGAGAGCUUUGUGGUGCAAUAAUAGGAAUCUCACAAAGGAAUACAGUAUUAGGAGAUCCUUGCAAUUUAAUUCAAAGCUCCAUUACAAAGGCAUUGAAAGAGGAUCAUCUACAAGUGAUAAAUUUGAGAAAAAAUACUUAAUGAAUGCAUCUUCUGGAGAAUCAUAUGAAUCUGAACUAAAAUCUCAUGAUGAAUCAAAAAGCACUUUGGAGUCUAUCAGAAAUGCGCUGAAUAGUUUUAUCCAGUUUACAAGAUUGUAUGCAUUUGUUGGCGUGACUUUAGGUGCACUAUCUUCAUCGCUUCUUGCAGUGGACACUUUCUCAGAUGUAUCUCCAGUGUUAUUUUUAAAAGGAUUUUUGCAGUAUAUGAUACCUGUCCUGUGCAUGCAUCAAUAUGUUAUGGGAGCGAAUCAAUUAGCCGAUGUUGAAAUAGAUAAGAUAAAUAAGCCAUAUCUUCCUUUGGCAUCUGGAGAUUAUUCCUACACACGUGGAGUUAUAAUUGUGGGGUUGUGUCUACUUUCGAGUAUUGGGCUUACAUGGAUGGUAGGCUCAAAGCCAUUGCUUUGGACCAAUCUUAUCACUGCUGUUCUAACGAGUGCUUAUGCAUUUAAUUUACCUUUGUUGAGAUGGAAGAGAUCUACAAUUCUUACAGUAAUAUCAAGUACAAUUACACUGCUGACAACAUUUAAUUUAGGAGCUUUUCUCCACAUGAAGACCUUUGUACUAAAACAGGCAGCUGUUUUUCCAAGAUCUCUACUUCUUGGCUGUUUGGUCAUGGGUUGUUUCUAUUCAGUUAUAUCAGUAUCAAAGGACUUAGCAGACGUUGAAGGAGACAAAGCAUUGGGCCUCAAAACUUUGGCAAUACGUUUGGGUGUUAAGAAGGUAUUUUGGUUAUGCAUUUCACUUAUUCAAAUGGCUUAUGGAGUUGCUAUUACAUUGGGAGCAUUAUCUCCUUUUCUAUGGAGCAAAAUUUUUACGGUUUUGGCACAUGCCAUCAUGAUUUUCGUCGUUUGGAAUCAUGCCAGUUCUGUAGAUUUAUCAAGCAAAGAUUCAUUGCAGGCAUUUCAUAUGUUUGUGUUUAAGCUUGUGUAUGUCGAAAACAUCCUCGUACUAUUUGUACGAUGAAGAAUUGAGGAG